AUGAGUUUAAAUGUUUCCGAAACCUCUCCUUCUGAUUCCUCUCGAUCUUCAGGAGCAAAAUCCUCCUUGAAACGGGAGCGUCGGCGAGGGUGCAAGACCGUUCCCAAGGAUGCCGUUUUAGUCCCUAAUAUCCCUGACGAGGAUUAUUUCAGCGACAUUACCGGUGUUUAUUAUCAUUUUAAAAAGAUGGAGUGGCGCACGAUUUGCAAGGACCCCUUCAAGAACUCGAAACGGUGGCAGAAGACCUUCGGCAUUAACAAGUACGGAUUCUACGAGGCUAAGCGUCUUGCUGAGAUGAAGGCUCACGAGGUCUCCGAGGCCAACAAGCUGUCUAAAAUACUUCGUCGAUACGGGUCUUUGCAGGAGGACCCUAAUCUUCACACUCGCUACUUCACUCCCCUCCCUGGCUCGGGACCUCGUUUCAACUUCUCAAACGGGACUUCGAUCUUCGACUUCAGCUGCAGUGACACUCCUCCCAGUGAUACACUGAGUGAGCUCUAUGGCUGCUCUUCUCGUUUGAAUGAGCCUCAUUCUCGGGGCCCUUUUUUACCUGCGGUUUCGCCUCAGAGUCGCAAGCUCUCUGGCCUUUACUAUCGGAACGCCCUAGUCGCAGUGCCAACGUCAAAGGUGAACAGCAACAUUUUUGCUUAUAUGCCCUCUUUUCCCUAUCGGUUGGUCUCUCUUUCUACUCCUAACCGUCAUAAGGGCUCCGAUUUUACCUAA